GUAAUAAUUUAUAGUUAAACAUUAAUACCGUGGAGGCUGUUACAGUGAGCGGUCAUUAUUUCGCUUGAAAUCUAGGCAAGCAGAGAUUUUCUUCAGUGUGCUGGACUGGACUACAACCAAACCACUGGAAUACAUUAAGGAUCCAGUUUAACAAAAUGAGCUCCGCUAAGAGAAUGGAAGAUGAGGCGGUGGUGGACAGAGGGGCUUCGUUACUCAAACACUUGUGUGAUGAGGAAGAGGUUGAAGGUCACCAUACCAUAUACAUCGGCGUGCAUGUGCCCAAGAGCUACCGGCGACGGAGACGUCAUCGCAGACGCACCAGUAACAAGGACCGAAAGGAGAAAGUGAACGAAAAUGCUUCGGACAGGUCGGACGCUGAGAACAAUGAGGAGGCCAGCAAUAGCAUCCUCAAACCACUCAUCUCACCUGCGGCCGAGCGCAUCCGAUUCAUUCUGGGAGAGGAUGAUGAUAGUCCAGCGCCCCCACAGCUUUUCACAGAGCUGGAUGAGCUGCUGUCUGUUGAUGGCCAGGAAAUGGAGUGGAAGGAAACUGCCAGGUGGAUUAAGUUCGAAGAGAAGGUGGAAAAAGGUGGAGAGCGAUGGAGUAAACCACAUGUGGCCACUCUGUCCCUACACAGUCUCUUUGAGCUAAGGACAUGUAUAGAGAAAGGCACCGUCAUGUUGGACCUGGAGGCCUCCACUCUGCCAGGGGUCGUUGAAAUGAUCACUGACAGUCAGAUUGAGACAGGUCAGUUGAAAGCUGACCUGAAAGAUAAGGUCAUGUACACCUUGCUGAGGAAGCAUCGUCACCAGACCAAGAAGUCCAAUCUUCGCUCACUAGCUGACAUUGGCAAGACUGUCUCGAGUGCAAGUAGGCUGUUUUCCACACCGGAUAAUGCACGUAGUCCACUUGAGAAUUCAGUGCCUUGUCUAAUGACUCACGCCUCAGAUGAGGUUUUGCAAAUCCCUGGAAGUCCAAGCAUGGGAUGGCCUAGUAGCCCAACAACCGCACAUAGGAACUUGACAUCAAGCAGCCUGAACGAUAUUUCAGACAAACCAGAAAAAGAUCAGCUGAAGAACAAGUUCAUGAAGAAGCUACCCAGAGAUGCUGAGGCCUCCAAUGUUCUUGUUGGUGAAGUGGACUUCCUGGACAGUCCUUUUGUGGCCUUUGUAAGGCUGCAGCAGGCUGUCAUGUUGGGGGCGCUCACCGAAGUGCCUGUGCCCACCAGAUUUCUAUUUAUUCUUCUUGGGCCCAAAGGCAAAGCCAAGUCAUAUCAUGAAAUUGGUAGAGCAAUCGCCACCCUGAUGUCUGAUGAGGUCUUCCACGAAAUUGCGUACAAAGCCAAGGACAGACAAGAUCUCCUCGCUGGCAUAGAUGAGUUCUUGGAUGAGGUCAUCGUCCUCCCUCCAGGAGAAUGGGACCCUGCCAUUCGAAUAGAGCCUCCCAAGUCCUUGCCGUCUUCAGAUAAAAGGAAGAACAUGUAUGCUGCAGGGGACAGCACACAGAUGAAUGGAGACAUGCCUCACAGCGGUGGACAUGGGGGCGGUGGGCACGCAGUAGUCGAUGAGCUGAAAAAGACAGGGAGAUUUUGUGGUGGCCUUUUUCUUGAUGUUAAAAGAAAAGCACCCUUCUUUGCAAGUGAUUUCUAUGAUGCAAUACACAUCCAGUCUUUGUCUGCGAUCCUUUUCAUCUACCUGGGAACGGUAACCAAUGCCAUCACAUUUGGAGGACUGUUAGGGGACGCCACAGAAAACAUGCAGGGUGUGCUGGAGAGCUUUCUGGGUACAGCAGUGACUGGAGCUGUUUUCUGUCUCCUGGCUGGACAGCCUUUGACCAUCCUCAGUAGUACAGGCCCAGUGCUAGUGUUUGAACGACUACUCUUCAACUUCAGCAGGGAAAACCAUUUUGACUACCUAGAAUUCCGCCUUUGGAUUGGCUUGUGGUCGGCUUUCUAUUGCCUGGUCCUGGUGGCUACUGAUGCCAGCUACCUGGUGCAGUAUUUCACUCGGUUUACAGAGGAGGGCUUCUCCUCUCUCAUCAGCUUCAUCUUUAUCUACGAUGCUUUCAAAAAGAUGCUGAAUUUAUCCCAUUAUUACCCAAUCAACUCGGACUACAAAAUCAACUAUGUCACACAGUAUGACUGCAUGUGUAUGGCGCCCACUGAAGUUAAUACAUCAGACGUGUAUACUGAUCCGCUUGAUUCAUCAGUAGUCUGGACUGUAAAUUACAGCGAUACACGUUUAAAUGCUAGCUGGUCAUCCCUGACAAAGAAGGAAUGCCUGAAAUAUGGAGGGGAGUUGGUGGGCAAAGCCUGUGACUUUGUGCCCGACAUCACCCUCAUCUCCUUCAUUCUCUUCUUUGGCACCUACACUUGCUCCAUGUGUCUAAAGAAAUUUAAGACCAGCCCUUACUUUCCUACUACUGUGAGAAAGCUCAUAAGUGACUUUGCCAUUAUUUUGGCCAUUUUAAUCUUUUGUGGUGUUGAUGCUCUUGUUGGGGUUGAAACACCAAAGCUCAUAGUGCCAACUGAAUUUAAGCCAACAAGCCCACACCGCGGCUGGUUUGUGCCACCGUUCGGAGGUAACCCCUGGUGGGUGUACCUGGCAGCUGCUCUACCUGCCCUGCUGGUCACCAUCCUGCUCUUCAUGGAUCAGCAGAUCACCGCUGUCAUCGUCAAUCGCAAGGAGCACAAGCUCAAGAAAGGUGCAGGCUAUCAUCUGGAUCUGUUCUGGGUAGCUGUUCUGCUGGCAUUGUGCUCUUUCAUGGGUUUGCCCUGGUAUGUUGCUGCUACGGUUAUUUCUAUCGCUCACAUUGACAGCUUAAAGAUGGAGACAGAGACGUCUGCCCCUGGAGAGCAGCCCAAAUUCUUGGGCGUCAGGGAACAAAGAGUCACUGGUGUAGCUGUCUUCCUUCUUACUGGUCUGUCUGUCUUUAUGGCUCCCAUCCUCAAGUUUAUACCUAUGCCAGUGCUGUAUGGAGUUUUCCUCUACAUGGGUGUUGCCUCACUCAAUGGAGUGCAGUUUAUGGACCGGCUCAAGCUGCUUCUAAUGCCUGCCAAACACCAGCCAGACCUGAUCUAUCUGCGGCAUGUCCCGCUAAGGAAGGUCCAUCUCUUUACCUUUGUGCAGCUGCUCUGUCUGGCUCUUCUCUGGCUCCUCAAAUCCACCGUGGCUGCCAUUGUCUUUCCAGUUAUGAUCUUGGCAUUGGUUGCUGUGAGGAAGGCGUUGGACUAUCUCUUUUCUCAACACGACCUCAGCUUUCUAGAUGACGUCAUACCCGAGAAGGACAAGAAGAAGAAAGAGGAUGAGAAGAAGAAGAAAAAGAAGAAAGACGAGAGUGUAGACAGUGAUAUGGAAGAUUCUGACUAUCCUUUCAAUGAGAACAUCCCCAGCAUUAAAAUCCCAAUGGACAUGAUGGAGCAAGAGCCUUUUUUGGGAGAUAAGGCCUCUGACAGAGAGAAGUCCCCUUCAUUCCUUGACCGAUAUUCCUCAUGCUGAAAAACAUCACUACUUUAAUACUAGCCCAUUGUCAAGUUCAGAGAGACUGCCGCUGAAUGUGCCUCAGAUUAAAAUAGACAUGGACCCCGAUGACAACAACGGCUACUACUGGAGGAAUCGUGGGUCUGAGACUUCCAUAUAACUUCUCCGGACAACAGUCUGCAAACAUAGAUUUUAGGCUCUUUUAUCUCUAUGUGUUCUUUUUUUAAUUUUCAGAAAGGCAGUUUGCCAAUGGAUUUUUUUUUAGUUUCCUAUCACAGAUAGUUCUGUGCAGUUUUUAAGAAUGGCUUGAGAAAAAAGCUUGUUUCCACUCACUCAAUUACUAUGGUUUAUGUAAUCCCUAAACUACUAUGCAAUUCACUUCACUGUUUCACGUAUGUGCUGAGCUUCAGAACAAUGCUGUAACUGUUUUACCACAACUGGGAAUGAAUUACUCCCCUUUUAUUCAUCCACUACAAUACAGUACAUUUUUUUCUAUCAAAUUCACUUAGUGUUACUGCUUUCUCUUUGUUUAUUUUUGCUGCUCUACCUCUGUUUUACAUGGUAGGCGUUAUCUAAAAAUGUAAUAACUUCUUCCAUUGUUUUUUUUUUAUUAUUUGCACAGCAUGAGAUUUUAAAGUGAAUAAACUAGUCAAGAAAUUAUAUUUUGUUGAGAGACAGAACACCUGUGAAAUAGUAUAUAAUAUUUAGCUGUUGAUUAACCUGUAAAUUUUUUAUAUAAAAAUAAUUCAAUCUUUGGUAUCCUGGGGUUUUAUAUUUUAUCAUUUAGAUUUUAUAUUUGCUAUAAUAUUUAAUUUGUAAAUUGUAACUUAAUGCCUAAUUAUUUAAAAAUAAUUAUAAGCCUAAUAAUUAAUGACACAUAAUCGAUAGUCAUUUUAAUUUUCUAAUGUUAUUGGGCUUUUGCUUCCAUACCAGGUUAGUGAAACAUGCAAACCUGCAACAUACAUGUAAACCCAGAAUUGCUUGUCUUGCAAAUGAUUUACCCAAGUGGCUUAAACCUGAAUUGCAAUAUUACAUUGUUUUUUUUUGUUGUUUGUUCUUUGCUAUUGUGAACUUCAGAUCACAUUUUUAUUUGUGCAUUAUUUAAGUGAUUUUUAGUUGUUGAUUAAAUGUUAUAUUGUUAGUUGUGGCAUUUAUAAAAACGAGUGUCGCAAAAUCCACAAUGUGAUACAGUAAUAUUUGAAUGAAGAUGGUUAUACUGUAUACUGGAAAAGAGAAUGUGCUCUUCAGAUGUAGCAAAUGUAGCCUGCAUGUCCUAUACAUGUCAUCUCUGAGCCUUGAUAUUUUAUAUAUUAGGAACCCAAUAUUCUGUGUUGAUUCCAACAUUUUUAUCAACCGCUCAUCACUUCAUAUUUUAUCUCUUUUUUAAAAACCAACAAAAAUGUAUCGAUCUUUAUAGAAUUUUUUUUAAAAUCAUCUUCUUUUAAUAUUGUAAGUAUAAGAUUAAAUUUUUAACAUUUUGGGGUACUUGCCUGAGACAGAUGAAAUAUAUUGUGAAAGCAUGUUCUUAAACAUCUAAACAAUGCUAAAUAUUAUAGAGUGUAGAGUUUUGUGACUUUUUAGAACAAAACAGCUGAAAUUAUUUUAGAAUUUAUAUUUUUCAAAGGAAAUGAAUAUUAAAAAUGAACAGAAUUUAUUAAA